UAACGUCCCAAACUACCUGAUAGAACACUAACACGAAGAAGAAACUCUGGAAACUCGGUUCUUUGCACCGGAGCCUUGCAAACGAGACACAAAGAGGCUACGACACACAGCACUCACAGGUCGCCUGAUAAACAGUCAAGUUUUUGUCAAGAACUGUCUUCUCACACUGACAUGAUGUCCCAGCAUGCAGCCUUGACCAGCCUGUUCGGCGAUGACUCUUUCUUCAGCCAGGAGCGGCUGCUGUGGCCGCUGCGUCACGAGGCCCUUUCCUCACUGCAACAAGACUUCUUCAACCAGAGAGGCAAGCUGGCCGACAGCCUCCUGAGGGAGCUCCACGAUGAACCCCUCCUGCUCAAACUGCGGCAGCUGCCCUUCAUUUCCUCGACUCUGGCAAGGCUGAGUGAUGGUCAGGAGCAGCAAAGAGAGACUCCCAGCACAGAGCUGCAAAAAGAAGCCCAACAAGCCACGGAAAACAACGGCGACCUCCUGGUGACCCUGGAUGCUCGCGGCUACGCCCCCAGUGACAUCACUGUCAAACUGGAGGGGCGGAGCCUGGCCGUGGUGGCCAUGAAGCAGGCCGGAGCUGAAGAGAGCCAGUCCUGCUCCUCCUCCUCGUCCUGCGCCUCCUUCAGCUCCUCUGCCUCAUCUCAGAUUGGAUUCGCCCGGAAGAUCGACCUGCCCCCCCACCUGGAUCUGGCCGGCCUUUCCUGUUCCCUGAUGGAUGACGGACAGCUGCGUAUCCACGCCCCCGUGGCAAAGCAGCCAAUCAACGAAGAACGCCAGGUGCCUGUUCGGUUCAGGACCUCGCUGGAAUUUCCCAUUACCAAGGAGGCAGAGGAGGGACACACAAACUAAUGCACACACUGUCUGAAUGAAAACACAUUUUUAAAUGAAUAUUUUUUUUUUUUUUUUUUGCCUACACACAUACACACACACAAUUCCACUAAAAGACUGUUUAUAAUGAGGAAAGUUUACCAUUACAAAAUAAAGAGAAUAUUUAUUUUAUAAUUAUUUGCAAUUUGUAUUAACUGUUAAAAUAAAAUGUUUAAUUGUCAGAAAAUGAAAAUGACUAUUGUACAGCUGCGUCUGCACGCUGCAGGGAUUUAUUAAAUAAAGACAUAAGUACUUCU